AUAGUUCUCAACUAGCUCUCUCACCAGCCUUAUCUUCUCUAAGCCUCUGAAAUAUUCAACAAAAACCCUCCUUGUCAAUUCAAUUCCUCCUUCAAUCCGAUCCAUCUUCUCUUCGGUUUCAAAAUUUCGAACUUCUGAUUUUUUUUCUCUCUUUUUUUUUUUUCUUUUUGUAGUUUUAUGUUUUCUCCUAGCCUUUGGAAACCAAUUUGUUUUCUCUACAUUUUGUUACAUAGAGUUUGUUCGAGAAUUCAACCCUGCACUCGAGUUCCAUAAUUCGAUUCAACUCAGCUCCACCAAUAUUACUUGUCUCAAAAAGGUUUCUCGGAGAAUUUUGAGUUCUCUUCUCUAUGGCCAUUGUUACCUCAAAAUCAACUAGUAAGGCGAACCUCUCGCAAACUUUUCCCUUCGAGAACGCCGUCGCCAUCCGUGAUGCUUCAUUUUCUUCAUACUUUAGCGGCAUUGAGAAAGCCGUCGUGCAUAAACUCGCCGAUCAGGCGAGCAAGGAGCAGCAGCAUAACAAUAACAAUCACUUGGUAGCAAAAAAGGAAGCAGCUGACGAUGAAGAAAUUGGAGUGUUCAGAGCUGAAAAAUACUUCAAUGGAGUAAUAGAUGAGGAGACAAGCGUCACAAGCCCGAAAAGCGGCAGCAGCAGCACAAAUAAGUACCAUCAUAACAAGGAUAAACCAGUGAGUAUGGAUCACAUGAAGAUAAGGGUUCAGCCGGGGACUCCGAGUGUGCGUUCUGAAUCGAGCUGGAACAGCCAAAGCACCUUGCUUCGAAGCGCGCCAAGAAAUCCUUACCGGACAAACACAACUACGGGAAACAAACAGAGGAAGAACUUCUUUGCCAGCCUUGGCUGCAAAUGUUCGUGUUCAGAUAAGAAUUCGGUUGAUGUGGAUGAACACGUCGGUGAGAUCAGCUUCAAGAAGAACAAUGGUGUAAACACAAGCUGCACGACAACACCAAUUAAUCAUAAACCUCCUGGUGUGGCAGAGAUUGUUGAUGAAGUUCUAGUUGAUAUGAACAAAAGCGAAAAGCUCGAAAAGUUGGGAGUUGAGUUGGGAAGAGAGAACUGUUUUACUUUCCCAACUUUAAAAUCCGGGGCGGGGAGUUUGCCGCCGAAGAUGCUUCCCUUUCACCAAGCAGAAGAGGAAGCAGAGAAAGUGAGGAAGUCUCUGGAGGUGUUCGGCUCCCCUGUGUUUGAGAAGCAAAAUAAGUCUUUCGCCCUUGGAAAAAAGCUCACAAUGCUGCCGCGGGAUGAGUUUCAGGCAAGUUCUGGUGGUGUAAUCUACAACAAUGAGUCGGAUAGUGAUGCAAGUUCGGAUCUUUUCGAGAUUGAAAGCCUCACCGGCAAAGCAAACCCUUUUCUUGCGCGGCAAGCAUCAGAUGCUGGCUCUGCGACGCCAACGAAUUGUUAUGCGCCGAGUGAGGCGAGCAUAGAGUGGAGUGUGGUCACCGCCAGCAUUGCUGACAUAUCCAUGAUGUCCGACUUCGAAGAUCAACAGAGACCAGCGAAAAUGGCUCCGAAUUCUACGAAUGCCAAUGCAAGAAUGAGCAAGGAAAUUCCGAGGCACCACUCCGGGGCACUGUUGGGUUGUAAGAGCCAUAAAUCUGUGAAAGUUGCAGGAGAUGCACACAGAAGUACAUAUCAACACGAGAAGAACAAUUUCGAACCACAGAUCAUGCGCCGCCGGGCAGAAUCAUACGUGGCAGGGACAAGGUUUCAAGCUGAGACAACUAAUAAGCUGGCAGGCUUUGAUGCCAGAGUACAAGGGCAACAUGCUCUUGCAGCACGGCCGCUCCCUCGUUCACAUUCACCACAUGCUUCACAUCUUUUGUUCAUGUAGUCAAGUAAAUCUAUUUAUUGAUGCAGUGUAUAUAAUGUAUGGACCAUAAUUUUCUCUAGUAGUAGUGAUUAAUUCCAAAGGCUGCUUAAGUUUUA